GUUUAGUAUUAUCUCUGAUGUUAACGUUUUACGGAGCUGAUCUCAAUAGCGGUAGAUUUAUACAUAGUAUUGUAAAAUUUGCAAACCAAACUUUCCUUAUUUAUUCUUAGAAUGUAGUAUGUAUGUAUAUGUACACAUGGUGUAUUAUCUCAGUUCGUGCGAUGCACGUUUUUCACGCUUCUGACUUACUUUUCCUUGUUAGCUUAUUUUCCUGCAACCAUUAAAACGUCAUCUAUUCCCAACGAAGAAACAUCUGAAGAUCAGAAACGCAGAUAACUUAUGCGAGACGUAUAUAUAGCGGGAUUCGUCUCCACAGAAAUCAUUCGUUUCAAAGCGAAGACUACAUUCAGUAAAGUCUGUUAGAAUGGCAUCUCAAUCCAUAACUCUCGUCGCACUUCUGUGCAUCGUGAUCCUCAGUUUGGUGUCGGUGAGCUUCGUCGAAGCCGACUGUCGCUGGACAGGAUGUCACGCACACUCGGCAGGAGAUUGGUGCGACGUUUUGGGACCAGGAUACAAGCUCAAAAGAUGGCAGCGUUGCAACGGAAUCUUCGGCAAACAGGAGUACUGCUGCAACUAAGUUGAAAUUUCGUUACAACAAGACUGCGCCGCUGUUUACUGCUUUAUUAAACUGCUGUGCGUAGCUGUUAUUGAAUAAAGUCAAGAUUUACCUACUCCGAGACUGCGGUAUACUACAUCGACGAUAUAUCUGUAACACCUGAAGCGAAAUUCGUCUUCGAAAUUGGGCGCUAAUGGAAUUUUGAACCAACAAAAGUAUAUAUACCGCUACAAUUUUGAAUUAGAAUUUUAUUUGAAGAGCAUUUAAAUAUUUGUAUAUCGCAAAAUUGGUUUGAUGAAAUAAUAAAAUCACAUUUGACUAAAACAUUA